CAAGUUGACCAAUCACAGAUAGCGGUGAUGUAAACAAGGAAGUAUCAAGCGCAACAGUAGGAAACAAUACGCUGUCACCGGUUUGGUAAAACUGGACGGACGAUGGAUGAGUACCACAAGAAAAUACUGCAAAAAAACAGGGUUAAUUUAGUGACGAGCUUGGAUCCAUCUAACCUCUACGAUGCCCUACUUGCGAAAGGAGUUUUCACUCAAGAUAUGAUCGAUGAAAUAAAGAGCUCCGGGACCAGACGAGACCAGGCCAGACAACUGGUCCGGGACUUGGAAACCCGCGGGAGGAGAGCCUUUCCGAUAUUUCUGGAGUGUCUCCAGGAAACUGGUCAACACGGUUUGGUAGAAAUCCUACAGAAUGGGGCUCCACCUGUUCGUAUUCAACCUGCGACACCCACACAAGUUGAUCGUCCCAAACUACAACCUCUCCCACUCAUCUCUCCCGUGGAUGUUGAUCAACAAACCAAACAUAUCCUCCCUGUCUAUCCAGUAAAGAAACCCAAUACUCCCACUCCAUCUCCUGGGACGGAUCCUUUAAGACCAGGACCACAAGGCAGACCAUGCAGGGAUAGUAUUCAGAACUAUAAAAUGGAUGCCAGCCCAUGUGGCCAUUGCCUCAUCAUAAACAAUGUGGAGUUUGAACCUGACAGUAAACUAAAUAAUCGCAACGGCUCCAACGUAGACUGUGAGAAGCUGGAAAGACGAUUCAAAGCCCUCAACUUUAUUGUUGAAGUCAAGACAAACCUGAAACAAAGACAAAUCAAACAGGCGCUGUCAACUCUGUCUAAAAUCGAUCAUUCCCAGUAUGACUGCUGUGUGGUUGCCAUGCUCUCCCAUGGGGCUGAGGUGAAUCAUAACCGUUUCCCUGGUGCCGUUUAUGGUGUGGAUGGACAGUUUAUCAAGGUUCAGCAAAUCACAAACUACCUGAACGGCCAGAACUGCCCUUCUUUACAAGGAAAACCCAAACUUUUUUUCCUUCAGGCCUGUGGAGGAGGUGAAAAAGACAUAGGCUUCGAGGUGUCCCCUGAUGAGGCUCAGCCUUCAGUCCGAGGAUUUGACGACCAAACGGACGCCAUCCCGACGUCGUCCAGCAGCGACUCUCUGAGCGCAUCGGAUGAGGUCGACGCCAGAGCUUCUCUGCCCACGCCGAGUGACAUCCUGGUGUCCUACUCCACUUUCCCUGGUUUCGUCUCCUGGAGAGACCCUCAGGCUGGGUCCUGGUACAUCGAAACCCUGGACAGCAUUCUUGAUGAAUUCUCAGCUACUAAAGACUUGGCCGAAAUGCUGACGAUGGUUAACCUUGAAGUUUCACAAAAUUGUGCUAAAGGGGUUUUCAAACAAAUGCCGGGUUAUUUUAAUUUUCUCCGGAAACUCCUCUACUUUCAAACCUCGACAUAAUGGAAAAACGUUUUUCUCAGGACACCUUAGUCCAGUUAACAUAGAAAAUCAAACUUUCUUUUUAUUCACAAAAUAUGUAAAUGGGAUUUGUUUUCUUCUUACUGUUUUUGUACUGAAAUAAUGUUUUAUUGUUUGUUUUUUUUACUUUAAACAUUUAUAGCUUAAAAAAACUUUCUAAAUGAACUGUUUGGGUAUAAUGUUGGUGUCAUUUUUGAAAAAAAAAUAAUUCUAUACUGUAGCAAUAUGUUUAGGUUUGUUGUUGAUGGACUGUCGAAAGUAAAAAAAAAAAA